AAACGUCAACAUGACCGUGAUGGAAUUUGUUAUGAAGUUGUAAUUUUCUAUUGAUUUUUAUUCCUAUAUUACUUCAUAUUUACAAAUAGUUUCAUCAUAAAGCAUACAAGUGUACCUAGCAAGUGUAACUCAAAUAUGUAAAGUUUUUAAACACCAGUCUUAAAACUAGCUUUUUAGACGUUGUUGUUAUUGUUUGUUACUUAGUCGUUAGCAAAUUCAUCAGAAUGUCGCUGCCAGGGAACGGAAUAUUUGUGGUUCAGGGUGAGAUGGCAAUGCUUGUCACUGCCAUGCGGCGCAGUACACGAUGGGGUUCUCAUUCCUUCCCCAACGAAGAGUAUGAUGUCCUCAUGAGAACCUUCCAGGAUCUAAAAACUAUACUAAACCAAGUUGAAGAUUUACGACUACUCGAUCCAUCAACGUACCUAAGUCCCUUUCUGGAAGUUAUCAGGAGUAAGGAGACCACAGGCCCAGUCACUAGUCUAGCUCUUUCAGCCAUACAUAAAUUUUUAUCAUAUGGACUCAUUGACCCAACACAUCCAAGUGUACCAGUUACAGUUGAGGACAUUGCCGAUGCAGUCACACAUGCUCGGUUCGUCGGCACUGACCACUCCUCUGAUGGUGUAGUGCUUAUGAAGAUUUUACAAGUUCUCCGCACUUUAAUGCUGAGUCCUGAAGGUGCCAUGUUGACAGACGAGAGUGUCUGCGAGAUUAUGCUCAGUUGUUUUCGAAUCUGUUUCGAAACAAGAUUAACAGAGUUACUGCGUAGAAACGCCGAGCAGUGUCUCCGCGACAUGACGCAACUGAUCUUUAUGAGGCUGCCGCAGUUUCCGCCAGAGGACCCCUCCAGCAGUUUGACGACGCUUAACCUUUCGCUCAAAAAGCGCGACAAGACUUCUAAAAAGCGGAACUUGACCACAGCACAUAGUACAAAUUCACUAGACAGGAAGUCAUCCCUCACGGAUCAGACUAACCCCAAUGCAGUCGAAAACGGACCUGAAGUGGAUACAAAAACUGACGCCAUACACAGCCAUAAUCAAGAUAAGAAUCUAAUAAACGAAGCUGAAAUAACGAUAGAGCCGGUCGACCAGCCACUCAAGAGUCCCGCCAAGAAGCAUGGCCGUCACUCCUCGAUGGACCUUGCCAAUGGGAACACGACUAUAACGCAGUUGCUGGAGAAAUGCGUCAGCAACACAGAGGGAGAAGAAUCACAGAAAAGUGAGCCAGAAGAAACACAGAAGACUGACGAAGUUGCCGAAGAGUCCAAAGAAGAUUCGCUCAAAUCAGCGGAAACAACAGAAAACAAAGCAGAAACGCAAAAAGAAGGUGAUGAGAAGCUCGAGGAAUAUGUGAACGACCGCGGCAUCAGAUUCACUCCGCAAGAGGAUACAGUCGACCUGCAGCCUUACGGACUUGUUUGCGUGCGUGAGUUGUUCAGGUUCCUGAUAUCGCUGAGCAACCCGCUGGAGCCGCAGAACACGUCGGCCAUGGUGCAGCUGGGCCUGAGCCUGGCCGGCACCGCGCUCGAGGUGGCCGCCGACCAGCUGGCGCGCUACCCGCCGCUGCUGCAGCUGGUGCGCGACCCGCUCUGCAGGAACCUGCUCAGUUUGCUGGACACAGAAAGGAUAUCAAUAUUCGCGCUAGAUUUGCAAGUAUCCUUUCUCCUAUUUGAAUCACUGCGGUUCCAUUUGAAGUUCCAAAUGGAGGCAUUCUUCAAGAAAAUCAUAGAGAUCGUAUCCGCCGACACAUCGAAAUCUAUUUACGAACUAAAAGAGAUCCACCACUUGGCUUUAGAGAGUCUAGCCCAAAUGUUCAGGAUACCUGGAUUCUGUACAGAGCUCUAUUUGAACUUCGACUGUGACGUGUAUUGUAUGAAUGUAUUCGAAGAGUUAACGAAGCUGCUAUCGAAGAAUGUUGUGUCCGCAACCGCUUACAACAUCCAUACCUUGUCAUUGGAGGCGUUGAUGACUAUAAUCGAAGCGAUAGAGAUGGGUACAAGCCCAAAGAUAGAGAAGAGCGAGAUAGAGAUCCCGGCGAUAGAAGAGACUGAAAGCUACGGGAGGGGUGGCCAUGUGUCAUUGGAGCUGGGGGGAAUGGAUGACGUGUCUGUAGUCAGUGACCAUGUGACGCAUGAUAUUAGCCAGUACUUCGCUGGAGCGAGGACCGGCCGACACAAGCCCUCUGCGAAUCUACCCACCGAGGCUGAGCUGGAUAAUAUUAAGAAUAUGAAAACGUGGGUGCGGCAGGGCACAGAGCUGUUCAACCAGAAACCGGACCGCGGCAUCGAGUUCCUGCAGGAGCACGGCGUACUGGCCAGCCCGCUCGAUCCUCACCAAGUCGCUAUAUUCCUACGAGAAAAUCCCGACUUGGAUAAGAAAAUGAUAGGCGAAUACAUCUGCAAGCGGUCGUCGCGAGACGAGGAGGAGGGGGGCGUGUCGGUGCUGUCCGCGUUCGCGGAGAGCUUCGAGUACUCGCAGCUGCGCAUCGACCAGGCGCUGCGCCUCUACCUCGAGACCUUCCGCCUGCCCGGCGAGGCGCCGCUCAUCUUCCUCGUCAUGGAGAAGUUCGCCGAGCGCUGGCACACAACUAACGGCGAGCCGUUCGCGAAUACGGAUGCAGCCUUCCGUCUCGCUUACGCCAUUAUCAUGCUAAACAUGGACCAGCACAACCACAACGCGAAGAAACUAAACGUGCCCAUGAAUGUUGACGAUUUCGUUAAGAACCUGCGCGGUUGCAACGGCUCUGGAGACUUCGAUCAGGCUAUGCUCGAAGCUAUCUUCCACGCUAUCAAGAACGAGGAAAUGGUGAUGCCGGCGGAGCGCGUGGGUCCGGUGCGCGACGCGUACCUGUGGCGCGUGCUGCAGCGUCGCGCGCGCACUCCUGCCGCCGCAUACCGUGCGCCGCCCGCCCGCCACGCGCUGCACGCCCGCCUGCUGCCCGCCGCCUGCCCGCCCGCCGUAUCAGCACUGUCAGCGGCGUACGAACGCGCUCCUCAACCCACGAGCGAAGAAAUAGAGAGCAACUGUCGAGACUGCAUCGCUCUGGUCGCGCUGAAUGGGCUCGAGCGUUGUGCGGCCCUCGUGGCCAGGCUGCAGCCGGACACCAUGACCUUGGACACGCUGCUGUUGACGCUGUGCAAGUUCAGUGGCCUGCUGGCACCGGUACAAGCCGGCUAUAUUGCUGUUGGGGUGUCGCUGGGGCAGUCUGCAAAGGCUCAGCUGGCACUGCGGCGCGCUUGCGCUGUGGCGGCGCGCCACGCGGACUGCGUGCGCGACGCCUGGCGCCACCUGCUGGAGCUGCUGCACACGCUGUACGUCGGCCGCCUGCUGCCCACCUGUCUCGUGGAAGCGGAGGACUACUUGGCUCCUGGUGGAACCGUAUCACUCAUACGCGAGGUAGCGAGAGGAUCAGACGCGGGCUUGCUCUCCAGCUUGUAUUCAUACAUCGCGCUGGGAGAAACUGGAAUGAGAGCACCGACGCCUCACGAAAAGGUAUUGAUCGAUGCGGCGACAGAAUGCGUUGCGAAAUGUAACUUCCCCGGCUUGCUCAUCACCGAGACCAAAUUUCUGCAGCUGGAGAGCCUGCAGGAACUAGUUCGUGCUAUGGUGGCUGUGGGAACUCCGCCGGAUGCUGAUAGUCUGCAACUGAACCCUCAGUUAGAAGACAUCACAAUAUUCUUUUUGGAACUUCUAGGAAAGACACUUAUACAAAAUCGGGACCGCGUGACGUCGGUGUGGGCGGAGGCGAGCGCGCACUUGGAGCGCGUGGUGACGUGGGCGUGCGCGCGCGGGCCCGGCGUGCUGACGCGCGCGCUCAGCGCGCUGCUGCGCACGUCCGCGCGCCUCAUGCGCUGCGAGCUGUGCGCCGCGCAAGUGCUGCACCACCUCGCGCUGCUCUUCCGCCUGCCCUACAAGCUCUUCUACCAGCAGGCCGACGUCAUAUCGUGCGGGCUGUACGAGCUAGUGAAGACGUCCGCGCAGAACGUGCACAGCGGCGAGGAGUGGGAGCUGCUGCUGGCGCUGCUGGCGGCCGCCGGCGCCGGCGCCUGGCCGCCCGCCGCCCCGCGCCCGCACAGCUCUUCUAGUCGUUCGGAAGGCUCUGACGACGAGAUCGAAAGGCGGCCAACUAGUGUCUCAUCGGAAAGUGAGCUUUCACAUUCCCCACAAACACAGGGCUGGAUUUUGGUAAAAAAAGAGACUGGUACUGGCGGUGAUGGCAUCGGUGCGCUAUGGAACUCGGAUAUAGAAAAUGUGAAACUGCGCGCUCACCGGAGCUCGGCGUUAGCUCGGUGUGCAGAGGCUUUGGCGCUGGUGGUGCGAGAUGUGGCGCACGUGACGCCGCACAACUGCCGCGCUGCCGUGCGCGCCGUGAGGCUACUGGCCCGCGCCACGCUGCACACGCACGGCAAAAAGAGCAACCGAAGCGGUGAGGCCAGACGCACCCGCGGCUCCCGACGCAAUAACGAGGACUCCAGCGACGAGGAGCUCGACACACUGGACCAAUACCACAUGGUCAGCAUACAGCUUCUCGACCUCAUGCACACACUGCACAGCCGCACUGCUCAGAUAUUUAAAUGGUGGCGAGACGAAGCGGACCAUGGACAAGGGACUGAAGAGUACGACCUGUGGGAGGUGGCGUGGAAACCCUUGUUGCAAGGCAUAGCGGAAUUCUGCACAGACAGACGUCGACAGGUGGCGAACAGCGCGAUCGCGUACCUGCAGCGGGCCCUGCUGGCGCCCGCGCUGUCGGCGCUGGGCGGCGGCGGCUGGGAGGCGUGCUUCGAGCACGUGCUGCUGCCGCUGCUGGCCGAGCCGCCGCGCCGGGCCGACGCAGCAGCUCGCGCGGACACCGUCAUGUGCAAGGUGUUCCUGCAGCACCUGGGCGCGCUGAGCUCGCGCGCGUCGUUCGCAGCGCUGUGGGCGCGCGUGCUGCGCGUGCAGCGCGCGCUGCUGCGGGCGCCGCGCGAGCCGCUGCAGGAGGCAGCGCUGGAGUCGCUCAAAAACAUGCUGCUCGUCAUGCACUCCGUAGGGAUAUUCAACACUGGUGACAAUUACAAUGACCUAUGGUACAUCACAUGGGAGAUCAUCGGUGAAUUCCUACCAAAUCUGAAAGAAGAACUGUUUCCAGAUGUGAACGACAACACGAAACCCGCUUCGAAUCUGCCGAACCACCUACAGCCACCACUCCCUUCAUCCUUACCAACCCUCAUCCCUGUUGGACCGAAUACUCCAACUAUCCUUCCAGUACAAUCGAGUCCGCCGAACAUUACCAACACCCAGGUGAUACCUAACACAUUGGCUCAAACAUCCCGUCCAAUCCACGUCCAGACAUCUUUGGCUCAGUCACCGAAUAUUCUAGUGGCAUCAAAUGCGCAUUCACCUGUAAACUUGGUCCAAACGCCUCCGCUUAUAGCUACACCAUCUCUAGUAGCGCCAACACCAAUUAGUGUUGUGCCAACUGUAACCGAUGCGUCACAAACUUUAAGUAGUGCUGCACCACCUUCAAGCGUAGUUGGACCAGCAAUAGUUGGUACGGUACCAACGCCUGUACAAGUAAGCGGAAUGGUACCGAUUAGAAAUCCGCUGUACGAUCAAACUGGACUGACUUCGUCUGUACUUUUGCAACCCUUAAAUGAGAUGAUUUCCACACCAAUAGGAAUAUCGAUACAAACGCCGCAGCCGCCUGUAUUAUAUCCACUGCCAGCCGAACCCACACAAAAUUCCCUUCAACCUCGGUUAAAUACAAAUCAAAGUGAUUCUCAGUCUGAAAAAAUAAAACCUUUAUCCAAUAUCACUAAUUUAGAUAAUAACACAACUAUACUCAAAGAUACACAGCAAAGCGAGCUAUACGCCGAAUAUUUAACCAAUCCUUACAACGAUGCGAAUGAAAUAUCGGUAAAAGAGGCCACUUUAUACGAUCCACAGGAAAAUCGCCACGUAUCCGGCACGAAGGACCAAACUGUUCUCGAUCCUGAAUCUUUGGACACCUUCCCCGUGUUGACUCAAAAAUCGCUAAGUGCGAAUGCAACCCCAAUGCAUAGUAAGAAUAAAGCUCAAUUCAGCUCAAACGAGAAUGUUAGACAGGAAUCUAGUAUUUUCAACUUUGCCAGCUACUUCGGGUCGGCAAACGACCUUGUUAUUCCGGGCUCGGAAGUUUUCGAUACUUUGAUGUCGACACAAGAAGGAUAGCUGUGGCACGAGCGCGAUGUUGGCACCUGGUUAUGAUUGCAUUGUAAAGAAAAAUAAACUUUGUACAUUAUUUGAUCAUGGCCGUAGAUAAAUUCAUAUAAAUAAUUAUAAUAAAGAAGCUACCGUACUAUAUCUUUCCUUAUUUUGUAUAUUAUUUAAAUAAUAAUAAUUGUCACAUCAUAUCCAUUAAUUAAUAGGAUCAGGAGUUACUAAACUACUAAACAUGUUAAAAAUUUAAUAUCUAAGAUCCAUGUAAUAAAACUAAGUGAUGUGUCUUACCUAGUUGGGAGAGCACCUCCCGCUAUAAUAUGGUAUAUUCAAUCACAAUACUCAAUCUGCAAAUACACCAUAUUUAUUUGCAGACUGAAUAUAAUAUAGUUAAUUGAAUAUAAUAUUUAUUUUCAAUUAACUAUAAUAUUACACAUCGAAUAUAAUAGUUCCCAUUUUGAUCGUUUUAGCCCCCUCUUUAAAAGGAAAACAUUACAAAAUGCAAUAACUAAUGUUGUGUGUUGCCAGUAUUUUUCUAUAGUUUUAACGUUCAAACAACCUCUAGAUAUUUUUACAUUUAAAUAAUCUUGAAAUGCCUACGUAGGUAAUAGCUUAUAAUAUUUCAAGUUGUUGUCUAGUUUACCCUAAGGUCACCCUUUUGAAAUUGAUUUUACAGAUUUAACUGACGUUUCUAAACUC